AUGGAUGAAGGCUAUGGCAUAAGUCAUCUCCAACACGAAGAUGCAGACUAUCAGGUAACGCCGUGGAAGACCGCGUCUGAGCUCCUCAUCGUUCGAGCCCAGCUCUUUGGCCUCGAAGGUCAAGAUACGGAAGAAAGCCGCAAAGAUGCUCUACAGCGGAUAUAUGCCUGGCAGGCUCGCGGCGUCAUUCCCUUGCCAGUUGAGAGCACCGCUCUUCUAGUUCAAGCCCAGAUGUUCGACAAAGUCCAGGACGACUCACAGAUGGCUAUGCGCAUGGUAUAUGCAACAGCAGUCCUCAGAUUUGUCACAGCUAUCUGCGAUGCCUUCCAACCAAACGGCCGCGAGAAAUUGCCCAUGCAGACCAUCGGCACUCUUCUCAAGCUCCCUCCGGGGCUCGUGGAGACACGUCAUGAUGCCACUCACAAGGUUUUGCCUACGUUGAAGAGACUCCAACACGCAACCGAGGAAUCAUUGACUUGGCUUUGGAACUACUACUGGAAAGACAUUGAUCAAGUCGUGUCCGAAAUCGACCCGCCAGAGACGGAAGAAUCGCUCGUGGAAUCCAAAACUAGCAUCCAAGCCGCGCUAAGAGCGUAUCUAACAUCCAGAAAAUCAGAGGUGAAGAAGAAAGUCAGGGACGGCGUCGCCGGUCCAGAGGGCUGUCGGGAAUGUCUAAAGCUCUGCGGCAAACUCCAACACGGACAAGCAAUCCUCGUAGGACUGUUAGUCGGCGAGAGAAUGAUCCUCCCAGCUGACCGAGAACUCGGCAGCAGCAUGGAAGGCGCAUUCCUCCUCUGGAAUCCCCUAUUCCUCCAACUCGACAUCUACCAGCCACGCUUCCUGAGCGCCCUAGUCAGCAGCAUGACACAACUCAUGAACGCAUCAACCGCACAUCGUGUAUCCCUUGACCCCGUCAAAGAAGCAAUGUUCGCCUGGCUCCACCACAUUCUCACCGCUCCCGCGUGGGGGAAGCACCGGGCUUACGAGCACGGCUUCCGCGACCUCAAAACCCAAAUCUUGGCUGAUUGCUUCUCAAACUUCACACAUUGGAGUCAGAAGCUGGCUGCGGCGGUCUUGGAAACUGCUGCUGAUGAUGAGGAGGAGGACGGGGUGUUCGCUGACUGGGCUCCGGUCAUGGAGGCGUGUAUGGCUGCCACGGCUGGUGAUGGUGUGGAUAGUAAAGUACCUGCGGAUGUCCCCACUUCGAAUGUGAAAGUGAAUGGACAUGAUAAGGCCGAUUUCAGUCUUCCUUCUGGCUGGACUAGAGUCCUGCGCUCACAGCUUCCCAAUAACAUUCUGAGCUGA